AUGCCCGGUUUUCUUCAGCAAUUUGGCGGCAAAGCAAGUGUAUCGCGAGGUUUAUUGUCUAGUGGCGUAUCAGGUUCAGUUGUUGGCCUUCUUGUAGUCGGCUGUUUUUUUGGUGCACUCAUGGCAGGUCAAGCGGGUGAUCGUCUUUCACGAAAAUACUCAAUCGUUCUCUUUUCGGUCAUUUUCAGCAUUGGUGCUGCUAUACAAGCUGGCUCUUUCAACUUAAUCAUGUUACUAGCAUCUCGUUUCAUUUCCGGUGUGGGUGUUGGUGCAUUAUCGAUGCUAGUGCCUGUCUAUCAAUCGGAAAUUGCACCGAAGGAAAUCCGAGGACGACUCGUGUCUCUUCAACAAUGGGCUAUUACUAUCGGCAUUGCAGUUAGUUUCUGGAUCAACUAUGGCACAGACAUUCAUUUGUCGGGCAGUAGUGCUUCAUGGCGUAUUCCACUUGCACUACAAAUCGUUCCUGCCUUCAUUCUCGGUAUUGGUAUUCUCUUCUUUCCGUUUUCGCCUCGUUGGUUGAUGGCUCACAAUCGCGAGGAUAAAGCGAUGGAAGUUCUAACGAAAAUUCGCUCGGCGUCAGUAUCUAGCAUACUUAUCGAGUAUAACGAAAUGAAAAAUGAGAUUGCUCUUGAACGUGAACAAUCGGUUCAAUCCUACUCUCAACUAUUUCGCGCUCCGCUACGUCGUCGACUGUUGCUCGGUCUCGGCAUUCAACUCUUGCAGCAACUCACUGGGAUCAAUUCGAUUAUGUACUAUGCUCCCGAAAUAUUCAAACAGGCCGGCUUGGCUAAUCGACAAGCAUCUUUACUUGCGACUGGAAUCAAUGGAUGUGUAAACAUUCUUGCUACGAUUCCUGCUAUUCUGUUUAUUGACAAACUGGGUCGCCGUCUGGUACUCAUUUCUGGUGCCAUACUUAUGGCUCUGUCUAUGCUAACCAUAGGCACUGUUAUGGGCAUAUAUGGACACAAAUUUGUCAAUGAAACGACCGGGGCCGUCGAAGUUCUUAUACCGAACAAGACAGCAUCUUAUGCAAUCAUCAUCUUGGUCUAUGUCUUUGUUGCCGGAUUUGCUUUUAGUUGGGGUCCUACUGCUUGGAUAUAUUGUUCGGAAAUUUUCCCAUUAAACAUGCGCGCCAAAGGCACAUCACUAACAACAGCCGCCAAUUGGGCAGCCAAUUGUGCUGUCUCGUUUAUCGUACCUGUUCUUCUCGAACGCAUUACCUACGGAACAUAUCUUAUUUUUGCCGGUUUUUGUGUUAUCAUGACGAUAUUGACAUUUCUCUUUUAUCCAGAAACAAAAGGUAAAAGCUUGGAAGAUAUGGAUCUUGUGUUUGGUCGUUCGGUAUUGGCCUUUAAAUCGUCCAGGCAAAUGACACAGCUCAAGAGCGAAAGCUAUACAGUAGAACUUGAGAAACAAAUUGUUGGCCAUUCAUCGGAUGCCGUGGUUCAGCCGCGCUUGAGCAUGAUCCCUUCGAUUUCAUCUAAAGAUACUUCAAACUUCACUCUACUACAAGAAACUGACGAUGUCUAA